CACCCGAAUCAGCCCGAUCACUGCCGACUCGAGUAGAUAGCAAGGCGUAUGGACCUUUCCCUUCGGCUACAAUUCCGCCAAUUUGGGUGUACCUCGGGUGGAUCCCGACAGGUUCCCUUGGUCCCUCUUUUUGCCUCUUCCUCUCCUGGUCUGCUCGAAGUAGGUAUGCGCAUGCAUCAUUCCUACCCUGGUCAUGGAUGGGCGCCGGCCAACCCCUCGCUCGACUCGCCUGUGCCGAGCUUGCGACGGCACUCGCCCAGGUCCAACGCGCCGUCGGGAGCUGUAUUCUUUAACAAUUCCAUGGUGCCUUACAUUCUUCGUCUUUUUACCAGCAAGCCUACUUCUCCCGUCUAUUUCUUCCAGAACAUCCAAUCUUCUGCUUCCUUUACACCUCUCCCAUCCCAAUCCAAUUGCUCUUGUUCUCCUUGAAAACUAAAGAUACCCCGCGUACUACGCUUACCAUAACCGUCAUCCUGUCUCAAGACGAAGCUUGUGCGCAUUCCUCUAACACGUGAAACCCUUCCUGCGACAAC